AUGGCAGUUUCAAAAUCAACUAACACCUAUAAUCGUCAAAAUUGGGAAGAUUCCGACUUCCCUAUUUUAUGUCAAACAUGUCUUGGAGAUAACCCAUAUAUAAGAAUGACUAAAGAGAAAUAUGGCAAAGAAUGUAAAAUUUGUGCCCGUCCAUUCACAGUUUUCCGUUGGUGUCCAGGAGCAAGAAUGCGUUUCAAGAAAACUGAAAUUUGCCAAACAUGCUCUAAACUUAAAAAUGUAUGCCAAACAUGUCUUUUAGAUCUUGAAUAUGGUUUACCUAUUCAAGUUAGAGAUGCUGCGCUUAAAAUACAAGAUGAUUUACCUCGGAAUGAGGUCAAUAAAGAAUAUUAUAUUCAGAAUUUAGAUAGCCAAAUGUCUAAGUUUGAUUCCACCCAGCCAAGUAACUCUGCAUUGAAGUCUAAGGGUGCUUCUGACCUUUUAUUAAGAUUAGCAAGGACUGCACCAUAUUAUAAACGGAAUAGACCUCAUGUGUGUUCAUUUUGGGUGAAAGGUGAAUGUAGAAGAGGCGAAGAAUGUCCAUAUAGACAUGAGAAACCAACUGAUCCUGAUGAUCCAUUGGCCGAUCAAAACAUUAAAGACAGAUACUAUGGAGUAAAUGAUCCUGUAGCUGAAAAGCUGAUGCGUCGUGCUGCUGCUAUGCCAGCUUUACCUCCACCAGAAGAUAGAACUGUCACUACCCUAUACAUUGGCAACUUACCAGAAAAUAUAACCGAGGAAGAGUUGAGAGGCCAUUUCUAUCAGUAUGGAGAGAUACGCUCCCUCACACUAGUGCCGAGAGCACAAUGUGCAUUUGUACAAUACACCACAAGGAGUGCUGCAGAACAUGCGGCAGAGAAGACUUUCAAUAGGCUAGUAAUUGCUGGGAAGAGACUCACUAUUAAAUGGGGCAAAUCACAAGGACGUCAAGGAUUGAGUGACAAGAAUGAGUCAGCUCCAGCGUUAGAGCCAGUGCCGGGACUGCCAGGGACUCUGCCACCACCGCCUGCAUUCUUACAUCCAUUCCCACCGCAGAUGCCGCCGCCCAGCCGGCCGAACGACUUCUUCAACCUGCAGUACGCGGGCUGGGCGUGGGGCGCGCCGCCCGCGCCGCCGCCGCUGCACUACCCCUCGCAGGACCCGGCGCGCCUCGGCCACGCGCACGCCAACACGCCGCAGACG